UAUCUUAUUUAUGCUCAAAGAUACGCGCAGCGUAUCAAGAAAUCGGAGCAAAACUGACGGCGAGGCUGAUCGACUUGGCCUAAUAAAUAGCACAUGAAGUUUCUAACACUGCGAUGCAGCUCACGCGGUGUCAAGUUACAGCAUCGGUGCUGACAGACGAAUGGAGAGCAAUAAAGCCGUUCACAGCGUAAACGAGAAUCGUCACUCGGGCGACUCGAAAUCCGACGAUGAUAAUGAGGAGACGGUCUACGUGAUCGAAUUCGGAAGGAAAGAGGAGAACGCGAGAGAGGAAAAGGAGAGAGACACGGAAGAGAUCGGUCCCCGUUUUGUUGUAGUCAACGGCGACCUGCAGAGUCCACUGGAUCCAUGGUCGAUAGUUUGGUACAUCGGCUCAUUCGGCGGGCUGGUGGCGUUCUUCCUAAUCGUCAGCUGUUCCGAGUGGUGCUGUCGUCGAGGCGGGCGCCCCCUAGCGGUACCUUACGCCCAACGUGCCGAAACGAUAAAUACCCCCGGAGUUACGGAAACCCCGCCGCCACCCUAUCAUCUGUUCGCGCCGCCCUCUUACGAUUCCGUCAACUACGGCGAAAUCGUCGACAAGACGACCGGCGAGAAGCUGGACAUCUACGUGAUCUCGGUGCCGAUUCACAGACCAAUGAUGCAGGCGCCUGCGUAGAAGAUCUUGAACGGAUCAUCCUCUUGGCGAGGAUCAUCGGGCUCAAUCUAAUCCAACGAUCGGACCGAUCGAUCGCGAAGAAACAGUCUCGCGGAUCUAUUUGUUCAAGUUCCCGGACAGUUAACAGACGUUCGAAAGUGAUCGUUCGAAAAGGAAGCCAUUUUGGACGCUAUCGUUACAAUGGUAUAACGAAAAAGUGACUAUUAUGUGUGUCUUCGCUGUGUGACAUAACUAAAAGGUGUUAUUAAAAAUAACGCAGAAAUGGUAACACCGAAGCGUUACCAUUACAGAUUUUACGAAUCCUUUUCCACGUUUCUCUGAAAAGUGCCAAGUUUGCCGAAUCGCGAGAAAGAAAAAUUGUCAUUCUAUACGUGUCGAUCUUAGGAAAGAUCGCAAU